GACUAUGGCAAACUGUGAUUAUGUGUGUUUGUGCAUGUGCUUGAGUGUGUGUGCGCCCGUCUGUGUCUGUCUGAAUAAUGCAGCAGGAGUAAUAUUAGAACUGAGCAUGUGCAGGAGAUGUCUAUCCCUCACUAUACCUCUAUAUCCCUCUAAACAUAUACAUCUCUCUCUCUCUCUCAGUGAGGAGGAGAGUGGGCAGUGCUGUAAGUACACUGGGCUAGUGAGACAGAGAGAGAAGGGGAGAGAGAAAGGGGAAGGAAGAGAGAGUGUAACUGGAAAGGAGACAGAGAAAGAGAGGGAGAGUGGAAAGAGAGCCCGGAGGGUGCUUUCCCGGAAGGAGAUUGAGUGGCAGUGAAGAAGAGAGAUAGAAAAAGGGUGGUGCCUCAGGGAAUAAGAAACAGGGUGAGGCAGCAGAGUGAGAGGAGAGAGCGGUGUGCGUGUGACCGAAGGGAUCCAGACAUGGGACUAGCACUGCAAUGACAACCAUGCUUAGCCCUAAAAACAGACAGACACGCAGGGCCCGCUCCAAGAGCAUGGUGCUGGGCCGCUGCAGUUCUCCUCUAGGCCAGGAGAUGACGCUGAAGGCCGGCUGGCUGAAGAGACAGAGGAGCAUCAUGAGGAACUGGCAGCUACGGUGGUUCGUUCUCCACACUGAAGCACUGUACUUCUAUAAAGACCAGGAUGAGACUAAACCUCAGGGAUGCAUCAUUCUCCAGGGCAGUCAGGUCAGUGAGCUGUCGGCCAAUCAGGAUGAAGCUGGUCGCCACCUGUUUGAGAUUGGUCCAGGAGGCAGUGGAGAGAAGGAUCGUUCAGGUCUGAGUGAGUCUUUCCUGUUGAUGGCUAAGUCUCAGAGUGACAUGGAGGAAUGGGUCAGAGCCAUACGAAGAGCUAUAUGGGCCCCGCUAGGAGGAGGUAUUUUUGGGCAGCAUUUAGAGGAGACAAUGCAGUGUGAGAGUGGGUGUGACAGCAGCAGCAAGCCUCUGGUGCCUCUGCUGGUGCAGCAGUGUGUGUGUUUUAUACACCAGCACGGCCUAACGGAGGAGGGGCUGUUCAGAAUGCCUGGACAAACCAAUCACGUACGAGAGCUGCAAGACGCCUUUAACUGCGGGGAGAAACCACUGUUUGGCAGUAACACUGAUGUCCACACGGUGGCGUCCCUGCUGAAGCUGUACCUAAGAGAGCUGCCAGAGCCUGUGGUGCCUUUCAACAAAUACACAGAGUUCCUCUCCACUGCUCAGCUCCUGGCCAAGAACCAGGAGGAGGGGAUACUUGAGCUGGGCAGGCAGUUGAAGAGUCUUCCUCAGGUCAACUACAACCUCCUCAGAUACAUCUGCAGAUUCCUAGAUGAGGUCCAGUCCCACUCAAUUCAGAACAAGAUGAGUGUUCAGAACCUGGCCACUGUGUUCGGACCCAACAUCUUCCGACCCAAGAUGGAGGACCCACAAAUCAUGAUGGAGGGUAGUUCCCAGGUGCAGCACCUGAUGACUGUACUGAUCAGUGAACACUCUCGUCUGUACCAGGGGCAGGCAGAGACUCCCAGGGAGGACCAAUCUGCCCCUCCUCCAACCUCCUAUCCCCGGGUCCACCCGAUUCAGCGCUGCAGGGUGGAAUGGAACUCACAGGAGGAAAUCCUGCCCCCCAACCCCGCCAAGGACUAUCCAUCCCUGGGACAGACCCCUAACACCCUAAGUCAGGAACCACUUCAACCCCUCCCAACCUCCACAGUGUACUCUCUUGACACUGACCACCCUGGAUUAACCCCCAAGGAAAGAACAGAGGGGGAUUCUGAGGGAAUGAAUGGUGGAAGAAUAGAAGAAAAGACAGAGAGAAAGCGUGACGGAAAGAGCGAAAUAAAACUCUCGGGUGGUCGUGGCGCAGAACCCGGUCCCAGUAAGCAGUCCAAAAGCCAGUCUUCAUGGAGGUCCUCUUUGAAGGGCAGGUCCGGGUCAGGAGGGGUAAGGGGGAAGUUGGGGGGGUCAGCAGUUGAUGUGUCCACAGUCACUGGAGGCCACUGGCUGAUGAAUGGACUGACGUCCUUCCGGAGUCACCGACGGACCGCUUCGACCGGCGAACGACUCAAAGAGUCCUCGCUUUGCCUGAAAGAGACACAUAUAGAUUCUCUGCUAGACUCAUAUACUGAGUCCUCUUUGUUGCUAAAAGACUCUUCACACUCCCAAAGAAGCACGCUAAAAGACUCAUCUCCUUUACAUAUAGACUCCUCCUGUUCUACUAUAGUCUCCUCCUAUCCCAAUAUAAAGCCCUCCCUAUCUGUCAGAAACUCCCCCCAUUCCAACAGGCUCUCGACCUAUGACAACGUUAAUGUCACUCCCUGCAGUCUGAGCUUGCCCAUUGGCAGCCCCUCCCCCUGGACCUCUUGUGAGAUCCCGUUGGCUAAAUCUACAGAAAGUGAGCACAGCACACAGAUUUCUGGUUUAGGGUCAGGGCAGGCUGUGGCGGGGUCCUCGAUGGCUGGGGGCAGUAGCUCUCCUCUAGAGCUGUGUGUGAGCAGCUCUGGCUGGACUGAGGGUGACCCUGGGGAUGACAUCCCAGGUCAGAGGUCAGGGGUCAAUGAUGGUCUGUUCAGCCUGGUGACGGAGUUGAAGGAGGAGCUGAGGAGACAGAGGAUCAGCUAUGAGACACGCAUACACAAAUUAGAGGAUUCGUGUUCAGGUCUUCGUCUCCAGUCAGGUCGUUUAGAAGAGGAUCUAGGCCAGGAGAAGAAGAGGUUAUUCAUGAUGGAGAUCCGACUGGGGAACUCGGAACGCGCAAGGCAAGAGGCUGAAACUCGGAAUGUUCUCCUGCAGAAAGAGAUGGAAGAGUUAUUUGCUACACUGGGGAACCUGACCACUGGCACAGAUACCAGCUAGACCUGAGCAGACAGCGUUAGCCUACCGAGCAAAAGUCUACCCGCUGGGCACAAACUGGAUGACUCACUGUUGUUUCAACAUAAUACGUCAACGUAUAGCGACAUGGAAUUUAUGUGGAAAAUACAUUAGAUUUGAAAAAAGUAACGAACGUAAAAUGUUGUUUUGAGGGUGACAUUUCAAACACAGGAUUAUGUCAUCAUGGUAACCAAAUUUCAACAUAGACAAACCUUGUAUAAAAUAUGUUGAACUUGUACCUUUAAGAAAACAUCAGAUCUUCAACCUUAUAUCCACAAUGAAAAAAAUAACUAUAGGGUGGGCAGCACCUCCUACUGGAUAAUUUACCCUUUGGUCUACGAUCCAGGGUUUUAACCAAACCUAGCCCUGCGUAACUAUGAUAUUUGUCACUGACUAUCACCAAUGUGCUAUUGCGAGAAUGAUUGUUGAGAGCUCUCCACCUAUUCCAUAUACUGGAAUUAUAGCCAGACUCAAUCAGUGGCACAGAUGGAACUAUCCAAGCAGACACAUCUCCUUCAAAUGUUGAUAUUUGGUUGUGUUGACAAACAGACACAAUUCAAUGUCACUUUUGAAAUACUAUAAAUAGCCAAUAAACUUGUCGACAAAUUAUAUGUUGGAUUCACUUCUCCAACACAACCAAAAAUAAAAGUUAAAGAAUGGGAUUAAGCCAGUGGCUCAGAUGCAAACUAUCCAAGAAGUAGAUAAUCUCCUAACCCAAUUCAAUAUGGGCCUGAUUCAGACUUAGGAAAGGCGUACAUUUCCUACGCACGCCUUUCCUACACACUUCUCAGUAGUUCCUAUUCAGACUUACCUUAUGCAGGUGCGUAACGGGCUUGUGGUUCCCUUGCACACUCAGAAUAAAUGUAAUUCAACUGCUGAAAAUCCUCCCACUUGCUAGCUAACAGAUUUUAUUGUGGAGUUUUUAUUGAAUAGGGUUUUCAGUACAUUACUCCUUUAAAUUAGGUGUACCUUUAAUUAGAAUUUUCUCAACAGACUCACUAGAAUAUACAGUUCCUAUUCAGAGCCCUUGGCUUUUUCCACAUUUUGUUACGUUACAGCCUUAUUCUAAAAUUGUAACGCCUGUCGUUAGAAUUAGACCAAGGUGCAGCGGAGGAUGUGUAUUCAUUAUUAAAGAUUUUAAUGAACAUAAACACUCUAUACAAAACACGAAAAGAAACGACAGCAAACAGUCCUGUCUGGUCCAAAAUGAACACAACAGAAAACAAUCACCCACAAAACC